AUCUCACCAAAUGACUGACUGCAAGCAGCAAAAACAUUCGUCAUGAGAUACCAAUACGCAGGAAAACAUCAGUAAAGGGCGUACUGUUUUAGAGUAUUGGUGGCAAACGGAAAAAAAAAUCUGGAAAUCCUCCCUUUUAAGAAUAAUUCACAUGCUACCGUUUUCUAAAAGUACUUUCGAAGGCAAUCACUUUACUGACGACCGCAAGCUAUUUACAGCUCAGGGGUCCUCACGAGUAGUAACACUAGGAAUUCUGUUGCCGCGCAUGCACAAGGAGGAGGUUACAUUUACGCCAGCUCUCGUCAUUCCCACUGCCAGCCAGCCUCCUCAGUGAAGAAGGAGUUAUUUGGGAGUUAUCUUUACCGUUUUUUGGUCAAGUUGGGAUAACUUUCUUGGAUCUUUUAGAAAGAGAAAGAUCUGCAUCAUGGCAGCAUCACCCCAGAAAUCUCCUGCAGUUCCCAAGUCUCCGACGACACCGAAGUCCCCUCCUUCCAGAAAGAAAGAUGACUCGUUUUUAGGCAAGCUUGGUGGGACUCUCGCAAGGAGAAAAAAAGCAAAGGAAGUUUCCGAACUUCAGGAAGAAGGGAUAAAUGCUAUCAAUUUACCUCUCAGUCCAAUUCCAUUUGAACUGGAUCCUGAAGAUACCAUGCUGGAGGAAAAUGAAGUUCGGACAAUGGUUGAUCCAAAUUCCAAGGCUGACCCCAAAUUACAAGAAUUAACAAAGGUACUAAUAGACUGGAUUAAUGAUGUCUUAGUAGGAGAAAGAAUCAUUGUGAAGGACCUCGCUGAAGAUCUGUAUGAUGGGCAGGUGCUACAAAAACUUUUUGAACUCCUAGCAGAUAAAAAAGUAAAUAAAGCUGAGGCCACUUCUAAUAAGAUUGAGUCCAAGGAAAAGUUAACCCAGGUCCACCAGGCCAUUAACAAUUUACUGCGUAAAAGUAUGUGGACAUACUCUGGGAAGAUUGACUCAAUUCAUGCCAAAAGCCUUGUUGCCAUUCUUCAUUUGCUUGUCAGUCUUUCACAGCAUUUCCGAGCACCAAUUAGACUUCCAGAUCACGUCUCCAUCCAGGUGGUUGUAGUUCAGAAACGUGAAGGAAUCCUUCAGUCUCGACAAAUCCAGGAGGAAAUCACUGGAAACACAGAAGCUUUAUCUGGAAGACAUGAGCGAGAUGCAUUCGACACCCUGUUUGACCAUGCUCCAGACAAGCUGAAUGUCGUUAAAAAGACUCUUAUCACAUUUGUGAACAAACACCUCAACAAAUUAAAUCUGGAGGUUACAGAGCUGGACACACAGUUUGCUGAUGGUGUUUACUUAGUACUGCUUAUGGGACUUUUGGAAGGAUAUUUUGUGCCUUUGUACAACUUCUACUUAACACCGGACAGCUUUGAACAAAAGGUUCAUAAUGUGACCCUUUCAUUUGAAUUAAUGCAAGAUGGAGGGCUUGAUAAACCUAAACCAAGACCUGAAGAUAUUGUUAACUGCGACCUGAAGUCCACACUGAGAGUCCUGUAUAACCUGUUUACCAAGUACAGGAAUUUGGACUAGACGGGACGUGAUCUACUAGUACAGGGAUUUCCGUAUUCAAAGAGAGCUCCACUGUGCUGCCACUGAUCAUUUCUUAGUUGCAUAUUGUAUUAUGCAAGGCUGUGACUUAUUUACAAGCAUUAUGUUUUAAUGCAGAUUUUAAAAAUGGUAUAAUUAAAUGAAGUACAUAGUAUUUAGCACUGUAUUAUUCAUAUAAAGGGAGUUUGAAAAUUAAUUUUCAAAACUGCUGUGAAACACUUUUACAUGUGAGGCUUUUAAAACGUGUACCAUAGUCAUAUUUUAAAUUAUUAUGGCCUCUUAGCAAACAUAUUUUUCAUGAAAAUAAUAAAUCCUUAAUUUAUACUGUCAGUAGUAUAUGCCACAAGGUACUUAAUAUAUAUUCUAAAACACUAACCAGUAUUCACAACCACACAAUGUAUUUCAAAUGAAACUGGAUUUGUACUGUUAACUUCUGUGAGCACAGCAUGCAGCUUAAAACGCUUAACUGUCCAUGAAUAUCUUAACUUUUUCUUUGCAUUUAAUAUGUUAACAGUAUAAUUUUAUAGUGCCUUAUAGCCACUUCUUUUAAAUAUGGUCCUUCACAGUAUGAAUUUAUAGUGCCUUAUUACCUCUUCUUUUUAACCAAGGUCCUUUACCAUUUUGUAUACUUUUGUAAGUUUACUUCCAAACCGCUGGCUCCAUCAUUCUUGUUGCAGAUGAUUUUUACCUUGUCUCGUAAAUCAUUUUCCUACCACCUACAUAAAAAUUACUUUGCAACAGAUCAGAAUGACCUUGAAGAUAGUAACAGUGAUGCUACCUUGCUGCAGUCUAGUUGUGGUCUCAGAAUGGCUUGUACAAUGUAAGUUUUGACUCUAGAAUUUCUUAAUUUUUCAGCUGGGUGUGCAUUACUUUGGCUGCCUCCUUAUGCUCUGCUUUGGCUGUUGUAGCAGAAUCAUACAUUCUGAUCAUUAUGGGGGAUACUUUGCUGUGAUCUAAUAAUUUGCUUUUCCCUGAACCAGUCUAUGGCUUUUAAUACUCCUUGAGGACAACAUUUCCUGUUCACUAUUCAGUCUUGCAUAUCAAAUUCUAUCUCAGUUCUGCAUUCCAAACACACAUUCACUUAACGUCCCUGACAUUUUUGUAAUCAACUCAGUACCAUUAUAGGAUGUUACUUUAUCUGUACACUGGCAGAUUGUACCUUUGUGCCAUCUGUGGUAGAGUUUAAUUUACCUGUAAACUAUGAAGUUAACUAAAAAAUAUGAUACUUAAAAUUAUAGUUUGCCAUUUAACAAAAAUUUGCACCGUGACAUUCACAGAUGUUACAUCCAAAAGACUUGUACACAGUGGUUAGUCAACACUGUACACAGGCUUCUUGGCUGUUAAUGUUUUUUUUUCCUGAUCAUAGUAAAGAAUGGACUUAUAAUUGCUUUGUGAUAGUCCAUAACAUAUGCCACAGAAUGAUGUUUUGUUCUGUUCGGGGACUGCACUACUGCCAAACCAAAUUUGUAUUGAAGUGUUGUAUUGUUUAUUAAGUAAGAUAAGUGUGCAUAAAUAAUUCUUUUUAUACAUUUUUAUUAGCAUUGUCAGAAAUGUUUUAGUUUGUAUUGCAUAGUUGUGUAGUCAGUUACUGUAACAACUUAAUCAGACAUGCUAACAUUCUUUACACACUGUUUAUUACUCAAGAUUUAGUUUUCUGAACUCCUUGGUUUGGUACAAUAUUUUGCAUAUCCCAGCUGGUGGCAUGUGUAGUCUUCACUCUGGAAUGACAGACUUUACUAUCUUAUGGUUGGUUUACAUUUGGAUUCUUUAUUCUGCAGUGUCUGUUUUGAAAUAUUUUGAUGGAAAUGGUCACAUUUUGUUUAACUUAAAAGAAACCUGUUCCAUUUUGAAUUUUUAGACCUCUUUCUUUGUACUCGUUUGUGGUUCUCAGCUGUGCUCCAUGUAGCUAAUCACAACAUUGCUGUACACCAGAUUAUUUAUUAUGAAUGUGUUUAAAAAAAUAAAGACAACAAAAGUAAUUUAAAAAUAA